AUGAAGCGACAGCUCCAUGUCGACCGGUACGGAUCCGCUCUUUCCGAGUGCGGAACCACAGUCAAGGAACUUCGUCUGCCCGCAUUCAACAACGUACCCGGCAAUCGUCAUCGAAUCCAACUGAUCCGUUUCAAAAACGCCAUCUCAAUUAGAUGGCUCACUUCAAUGAUUUCUGGCUUGAAGCGCACCUGGUUUCAGCAACUGGCCAAGGCAAGCCUCGUCGAGAGUCGGAGCAUGAUCCUGACUACGAGGUACACGCGGUCGGAUACUGCAUACAGCGCAUACAGCCUGAGGAGCAAUCCUCAAGCAGUUGCUCUUCCCAAGAACAGGCGCAGGCAGGAAGAUCACCACAUGCUGAUUUCGCCUACUGCUCGUCACGGCAAUGUGACAUACCGGAUCCAGUAA